AUGGAGCAGUUCGAAUCACUGCUGACAUGCUGUGUGUGCUUGGAUCGAUACAGGAAUCCAAAGCUCCUGCCAUGUCAGCACAGCUUCUGUAUGGAGCCGUGUAUGGACGGCUUAGUGGAUUACGUUAGAAGACAGGUCAAAUGUCCAGAAUGUCGCGCCGAACACCGUAUUCCCUACCAGGGAGUCCAGGGAUUCCCAACAAAUGUUACACUGCAGCGGUUCUUAGAACUACAUGUUCAAAUUUCUGGAGAACUACCAGAUCCCACAGCAGGACAGGUUAUGGAAAGAUGCAAUGUUUGCUCAGAAAAAGCAUAUUGUGCACCUUGUGCUCAUUGCGACAAGAAAGUGUGCGAUGAUUGUAAAUCAGCGCACAUGGAAGUCCUGCGUAGAGAAAUAACUAGAAUAAAUAACCAAAUACGACGCGGUGUACAUAGGCUACAAGAUAUACUUGGUAUAGUCGAACGAAACACAUCAAACCUCCAAACAAACUGCGCUGCAGUAUCAGGAGAAGUUGAUGAAAUACACAAGAGAUUAGCUAAAGCACUAAAAGAUCGAACAGAUUUCUUGCGAAAUGAAAUCGACCGUUAUUUAGCGACUGAACUCAGAAACCUAACACACCUCAAAGAUAAUUUAGAAUUAGAAUUAAGUAACAUACAAAGUAACUGUGAUGUCGCCGAUAAAUAUAUGAAUGAUGAUGUGGAAUGGGAAGACACAGAACUAGUCGAUACUAAAGAAAUAUUUUUGAAGACCGUUGAAUUUCUAAGGAACUUUGAUUAUGAAGCUGGUGAUUAUAAUCGUAGGAUACGGUUUAUUAUGACUCACGAUCCUAAUCAACUUGUUAUGCAUGUUGCUAGUUACGGUGAAUUAAAUAUUACCAACCCUGCUCACACAAGUGGAUAUGGUGGAAGUAGCUUGCAACCGUCUCAAGGUCUUACUAGGUCUAAAAGUGACCAUCGUCUCGCUACACAAUUCCGGCAACAAGAAGAAACUAAAAGCUAUUAUGAUAAUGAUGAACCUAUUCUUGGAGGACGUAAAUUUGGUGAGCGUCGGCCCCCACCGCCCGAAAAACCCACAAGGGAAUACGGUGCAACUGAUGACUAUAGUGGCUAUGAGUCGGAACAUCGUCCUUCUCGUCGAUUCAGAUCCCGUUUUGUAAGAAGUCAUCAACAAGAUAAUGACUCUGAUACAGAACAGGCUACGCGCAAUAUAAAAUCUGAACAUAAAGAGAAAGAAAAAGAAAAAGUGACUGACACCGAAGAUGCUACCCGUGGUCCUCUGAGUGGUAUAUUCCGCUUAAGCGAUUGCCCAAGAGUUAUGCAGAGAAUGUUGGACGUGGACAGUGGAAAGAAAAAAGAAAAGAAAGAACCUCCACCGCCACCAAAACCCGUUCAGCCGACACCUCCAACCCAGCGUCGACCACCACCUGCUCGACAACAAAGUGAAGAUGAUGAAAUAUCCCGUCUUAAAAGACAAAAUAAAGCUACAUCUUCUCAAGAACCUGAACGGGCUGCACAAAGGGCUGUUGAAGAAGAAAGAAAUUCGAUUACUCGAAAACCACCUACGCCAGCCCGGGAGGCAUCCAGUGAUGGAGAAUCAGAUGAAUCUCUUGGUACACUGCAAAGAAAUCAACGAAAGAAUACAACUACAGCCACAAAAACACCAGUUCCAACGCCACGUCGUCCUUCUGCCACUGAGACUCCCACCUCUCAUCGCGUUCCUGCAAGAGCUGCUAGCACUGAAUCGAGUGCUUCUACAGAAAGUUCCGGCUCGGCGGUUAAACACACAGGCGGUGAUAGAACGACACCAGCAACUACAAAUGGCACUGUCAGUGGUGCUCAACGUAUCCAGAGUAGAUUUAUAGGCUCACAGCGACCAACGCCCGCUCCAGCACCCGCCGAGCCGGCUCAAGAAGACUCUGAUUCUAGCUCUGAGGAGGAAACUGACUCGUCAGAGGAGAGUGAAGAGGAGCCUGCACCCCCACGGAAGCCCGAGAGCCAAGCGAUGGCCCGCACUGAUAUUGGUCCAUUACUUGCUCGCAGCAACAACGCUAGAACUGAUGCCCAAGACAAUAAAAACAAAGACAGUCCUGCGCAGCCACGCUAUCGUACUCGACCACAACCAGCUGAGGAAGAAACACCUCGUUAUGGAAAUUCUGCUUCCUCAUACAGUAACCGUUAUGGUAGUAAACCUAAAGAAGAAGAACCAACAUCUUCCUUUGAUGAUGAAACUAAAUAUCCGACUGCACGAUCUAGAUAUUUAGCAUUGAAAGAGCGACGUAAUCGUUUAGCACGAAGUAAAAGUAGUCAUAGUGGUUUCGGUGCUGGUGACGAUGAUGAUCAAGACGAACCAGUAUCACCUACCACUGCUUCACCUUCUGCAUACCUAGCGGCUCGAUACGGCUCCGGCACAGGUGGUUCAGAGUUGUCUCGAAGUCGAUCAUCACAUGCCCUUAAGUCAAGGGAAAGCUCUCCUGAACGUCCUGUAGCAGGCGAAAAGGAUGGAGCAGCUUUAAGUUCAUGGGCACGCUACUUGAAGAGCAAGUAUGGUUCGCGAGGAAAAGACCGCGAUACGAGUGGUACAUCAUCGAGUGCAUCCCGUCGCCUGUCUCUCGGGCUACCAUUAAGAUCAGCAAAUGAGCUUGCCAGUUCUGAUGAUGAUUCAAAAAACGCGGCAGGCUCCCCCAUCUCCCCUACGGCGGCUACAGCAGCGGUAGCAGGUUUCGCAGCAGCAGGUUCCUCCCCUAGGAGCCAGUAUCUGCAGAAACGCCGUUUACAAUUCAGCGUGGGGAGUCGGGGGAGCGAACCCGGCUACUUUACUUGGCCUCGUGGUAUCGCUGUAGGUCCCGACAAUACUAUGGUUGUGGCUGAUUCAUCUAACCAUCGAGUCCAGGUAUUUGAUUCAAAUGGAAUAUUCGUGAAAGAGUUUGGUCAAUAUGGCAGUUCUGAAGGUGAAUUUGACUGUCUGGCUGGCGUGGCAGUCAACAGAAUAGGGCAAUACAUCAUUGCUGACAGAUAUAAUCAUCGGAUACAGGUAUUUGAUCCAGCCGGUCGCUUCCUGAGGUCAUUCGGAAAUCAGGGUACCGGGGAUGGAAAGUUUAACUACCCAUGGGGUAUCACCACGGACGCUCUCGGAUUCAUUUAUGUUUGUGACAAGGAAAACCAUAGAGUCCAGGUAUUCCAAUCCGAUGGCACAUUCGUGGGCAAAUUCGGGUCCUUUGGCUCCAAACUGGGACAAUUGGAGCACCCUCACUACAUAGCAGUAUCGAACACCAACCGUGUCUUAGUAUCCGAUUCUAAUAACCACAGAAUCCAGGUGUUUGAUGUGAAUGGAAGGGUGUUAUCUUCAUUUGGAGAGGAAGGCUCGGAGGACGGACAGUUCAAGUUCCCAAGGGGUGUGGCCGUGGAUGAUCAAGGCUAUAUAGUGGUCGCAGAUUCUGGUAACAACCGUAUUCAGAUCUUCCACCCCGACGGAAGCUUCCUACGUGCUUUUGGCUCUUGGGGUUCAAGUGAUGGAGAGUUCAAGGGUCUAGAAGGCAUAGCUGUUAUGUCAAAUGGCAACAUUAUAGUAUGUGACCGAGAGAAUCAUAGAGUACAAGUGUUUUGA